GUAAAUUAAACGUCAGAACAAAAGAAGUCUUCCUAAAACUGUCUAAAAAGUUACUUAGCCAGAAAAUGAGAUCUUCUUCUUCUUCAUAUGCUUUUUCUUGUUCUCUGAAAUGUUCUUUUCUUCACAUACUGUACAGCAGCAUCUAUAAUUUGCUCCUGAGUACCGCCACUGUGAAUGGAUUUACUGUCACUGAGAAUGGUUUUAGCCAGUUGAUUGAGCUCCCAGUUCCCAGAAAUGGGCUCUACAGCAACACUUCCACCAGGUGGUCAAGAACUGCUGUUCUUAGCAUUGAUGACUUUGGAGCUAAAGGGGAUGGAUUCAGUGAUGACACCAAGAGUUUCCAAGAUGUUUGGAAGGUAGCCUGUUCUUCACCCUCACGAGCUAAAAUUGUAAUUCCUGUGGAUAAGUUUUACCUUGUCCGACCAACUGAUUUUACCGGCCCAUGCCGAUCAAAGGUGACCUUGAGUGUUUCUGGUUUUAUUGUUGCACCCCGAGAUCCUGAAGUCUGGGACGGCUUGAACAUACGUAAAUGGCUCUAUUUUCAUCAGGUGAAACACCUGAAAAUAGAAGGAGGUGGAAUAAUUGACGGGAUGGGCUGGGAAUGGUGGUCCAGAUCAUGCAAGAAAAAUGAUUCAAAUCCUUGCACGCAGGCCCCAGCGGCUGUUACUUUCCAUAGAUGCAAGAACUUGAAACUGAGGAAUAUUACUUUGUUUAACGGUCAACAACUGCAUAUGGCUUUUACCCACUGUAAUCGUGUUGCUGCUUCUCAUGUCACGGUUAUAGCACCCGCUGAUAGCCCUAACAUGGACGGAAUCCACAUAAGUGCAUCAACACGUGUUGAGCUCAAGGAUAUCAUUAUAACCACAGGAGACGACUGCAUAUCUGUAGUGAGUAAUUCUUCUCGGAUUAGCGUAAAAAAUGUUGUCUGUGGGCCAGGCAAUGGUAUAAGGUACCACAUUUUUCCUCUCGACCUUGAACCAUGCUCUUGCAAAUUGGUAGCUAACAAUGGUGGUUUUGGCAGUAUUGGGAGUUUGGGAAAAUACAACUCAUCUGCUUCAGUGCAGGAUGUUAUUGUUAGCGGAGCAGCUUUGUUUGAUUCGGAGAAUGGUGUGAGGAUCAAAACAUGGCAGGGAGGCAGCGGUUUUGCCAGGAACAUUACAUUUGAGAACAUAUGGAUGCGAAAUGUCUCGAACCCUAUUGUAAUAGAUCAAUAUUACUGUGCAUCUCCUGAGACAUGUGGAAACCAGACUGCAGCAGUCAGCAUCGACAGGAUAUAUUUCCGCAACAUCAAAGGGACUUCAGCAACAGAGAAAGCUAUCAGAUUUGCAUGCAGUGAUAGCUAUCCAUGCAAAAGAUUGUACCUGGAAAAUAUUCAACUCACAACCUCAUCUGGAAUUGCGGCAAAGUCAUUCUGCUGGAAAGCAUACGGCACAAGCACAGGUCUGGUAUAUCCCCCAUCUUGCAUUUUGUCAGGUGAGAUAAUCAUUCGGUACAGAGUUAAGUCCAACUCAACAGGUUGGAGGAGAGAUGAUUAUGCUGUGUUUUAAGCGAAGAAUCCACAAAAUGGGUGACGUUUGUUUCCUUGCAUCCUUUGAGUAUAUUACCCUCAAAUACAAGUUGAUUCUUGAUGUUUGGUGAUAUAAGGUGUGUUUUAGGCUCUAAUAGUUCUUGGAAGUUCCUUUUUUACAGGUUUGUUUCGACUUUUAUUGCACAUAGUCAAACCUUGUACCUGCUAAAUUGGUUGUCCUUGAUUUUUAGAAUAGUGUCUAAGCGGAAGCUGCAUUUUU